UGGAAGGGAGAAUUUGAAAACAAUGAGCUUGGAUAUUUAGCUGAGGAGAUUUCUAAGCUAAGAAUGGAAAGUGCAACUUCAUGUCUCCUUGCAGUGUAAAAUGCAAGAAGAAAAGGAUAAGAUGAGAACUGAACUCCUGGGCACAAAGAAAUCAGAAAUUGAUGGUUUAGAAAAUUCUGAGCUUCCUGAAAGCAAGUCCCCAGAAAAUAGUGCUCCAUGUGAGGGCUUACCUGAACAUGAAUCCAGUCAGUCAUUUCACUGCAAGUCAGGAUUGGAGGUACAGUUAUCCAGGUGUAUCCUCCUGAAGAAGAUUAAAUCAGGGAAUCUUAUAUCUUAAUUAUCUUUUAACCCUAAGCUGAAGUGAGCCUUCUGAGUUCAGAAUGGCUUCAAAAGAGGAACAAGAUGGACUUAAGAUUGUGAAAGUGGAGGAAGAGCCUAUCUGGGACCAAGAAACCUACUUGCAAAGGAAUAGCUUUUCUAGCCAGGAGGCCUCCCGCCAACUUUUUAGGCAGUUUUGUUACCAAGACACUCCUGGUCCCCGAGAAGCCCUGAGCCGACUACGGGAGCUCUGUCAUCAGUGGCUGAGGCCAGAGACACACACCAAGGAGCAGAUCCUAGAACUGCUAGUUCUGGAGCAGUUCCUGACUAUCCUACCUGAGGAGCUCAAGGCCUGGGUGCAAGAGCACCAUCCAAAGAGCGGGGAGGAGGUGGUGGCUGUAGUUGAAGAUCUGGAGCAAGAGCUUAGUGAGCCAGGGAAACAGGCCCCUGAUCACAAAUUUGUACAUUCUGAAGUGCUCUCAGAGGAUACAGCACAACUGAAGGCCAAGCAGGAAUCAACAGUCACACAGCUUCAGUCCAUGGUGAUCCAGCUGCAGUGUGAAUCUUUCAGCCCCCACAAAUUUCAAGAACAAGAUGGUGAAACUCUACCUGAAAACCAGGGGUUGGCACCAAAGCAAGAAGUCUUUAAAAAAGUGGAAAAUUUGGCAGAUAUAUCUAGUAGACUCCAAAGAGAUGUUCCCCUGCAUUCUAAGUACAGAGAAACUUGUAGACCUGAGAGCAGGGUCGAAAAGCAGCGAGGACACCCCACCGGAGAGAGACGUCACAGGUGCAAUGAAUGUGGGAAAAGCUUCACUCAGAGUUCAGUCCUCAUUCAGCACCAGAGAAUCCACACUGGGGAGAAGCCAUAUGAAUGUGAAGAGUGUGGGAAGGCCUUCAGCCAGAGGUCAGGCCUAAAUGAACAUCAGCGGAGCCACACUGGAGAGAAACCCUAUCAAUGUAAGGAGUGUGGGAAAGCCUUCAGUGCCAGCAAUGGCCUCAUUCGACACAGAAGAAUCCAUACAGGGGAAAAGCCAUAUGAAUGUGAAGAGUGUGGGAAAGCCUUCCGCCUGAGCUCAUACCUUGUUCAGCAUCAGAGGAUACACACUGGAGAGAAGCGCUAUCAGUGUAAUGAGUGUGGAAAAACCUUCAGUCAGAAUGCAGGGCUUUUCCAGCACCUCCGAAUUCACACUGGUGAGAAACCCUAUCAGUGCAGUCAAUGCAGUAAAAGCUUUAGUAGGCGAACACUCCUUAUGAAACAUCAGAGAAGCCACACUGGAGAGAGACCAUAUGAAUGUGAUGAGUGUGGAAAAUCCUUCAGUCAUCAUUGCAACCUUAUUAGACAUUUCAGAAUCCAUACUGUUGCUGAACUGGACUAAUUCCACAGACCAGUGGGACCCUGACUGGGGCUGUCUUGGAAAGUAAGAUUUUUAAGUGGCUUAUUCUGGUCUUUUCAAAUUCAUUUUGCUUUGGAGUGGGUAGCUUGCCUACAAACAGGUGCUAGUGUCUCCUGGGUAUAUGACUGUGGGUGUGGAGGGUUGGUGGGUAGCCUUCUAUUCCCUAUCCUUUGGUUCUUUUCCAGGAAUUCCCCUUAAAGGAAUCAAACCCUAUCUGGAAAUAAAUUGCUAUGGAGAGGCUGUUCUUGAAUAAUACUAAAUAUUGAACUGUAAAAAACUAACAUCUAUGUAUAAUUUUUGAAGAUUGGGUAAGUUCAAGGGAUAUUCAGUGGUAAGUCUUUUCUGAAAGAAUUAAAUUUUAAACACAUUUGAAAAUUUGGGGAAUAAAAAUGGUCUACAUUUCCACAGGAAACCAUUGCUAUGAUCUCCUGUGGAAAUGUGAUGGAUGACCUCUUUGCUGCUUUCAUCAGAAGGCAUAUUCAUUAACCAAGCAGCAUUAUCCCUGGUGUGACAGCUGUUGACAGUUUAGAAAUCUAUGUCCUAUUUGAUAUCUAGUUUCAAAUUCUCAGUGCAGGUCAUUCUUAUAUUUCAGGUUUCCAGUUUUGUUAUAAAUAAUUGAUAAGAUCUUACUUUAAAUCCUCUAUUCUUUGUAAUGUACCUCUUUCAUUCAUAGCCUUUUUUGUCAGCGUUAUUCCUUUGCCACUGCCUCUUGGGGGUUAGUCAGCAACUUUGAGUGCAUUGCAAGCAGUAUCAUUGAGACUGUAAAGAAAAGGAGCCUCUGUCCUCAGGCAACUUGCUAUUCACUUGGGGAGAACUAACGCAGGCCAUUUACUGUCAGGGUUAAACAUACAUGCUCUGGUACCAGACUGUCCAGGUUCAAGUCCUGCCUUUCCAUUUGUGAACUGUGAGACUUUGGGCUUGGGCAAAUUAUUUAAAUGCCCCUGUGCUACAGUUUCCCCAUCUGUAAAAAUGGGAAUAA